UACAGGCGGAAGUUCUGUCUUGUUCACCUGUUGCUCGUGCAAACAGGAAGAAGAGAAACUCGGUCGUAAUUUUUAUCCGCGCGAGGGAGAUUACAUUAAAUUGUAUAAAAGUAAUUUAUUUCCAAGCGUGAUGGAUAAAUUAAAGAAAGUUCUGAGCGGUCAGGACGGAAAUGACGACCUGAACGUGCUGCAGUCGGCGGGAGACGUGACCACGCUGGGCUGGGGAACACGCGUCAAGGCUUUUAUCGCCUGCUUUGUCUUGGGAGUCGUCUGUUCCAUCCUGGGAUCGUGUUUGCUCUGGGUUCCUAAAAAAGGACUGAUCUUGUUCGCCGUCUUCUACACCUUUGGCAACAUCGCCUCGCUCCUAAGCACCGUGUUUUUGAUGGGGCCGUUGAAUCAGCUGAAGAGGAUGUGUGACAAGACGAGAGCGCUGGCGACGGCCGUCAUGAUCACGUGCCUUGUGUUGACACUUUGCUCUGCAUUUUGGUGGCAAAACAAAGGCCUGGCCGUGCUCUUCUGCAUCCUCCAGUUCCUGGCUUUAACUUGGUACAGCUUGUCAUAUAUUCCAUUUGCAAGGGACGCGCUGAUUAAGAUGUUCUCCAUGUGUUUGAAGUGAUGUGUAGUGGCGUGUGGAGCUCGGACCUCUCUCGCCCCACCGUUCUCCCUCUCCCUCUCUUCUUCUCCCUCUCUCUUUCUCGGCGCCUGAUCUCGCUUCAGCUCUGCUACGCCCUGAGUGCCCGCUGCUAGUGCCCACUCGAGCGCCCACUCUAUUGCCUGACACGCGCACACACACACACUGCAGGUGUGCGUUUCCUCUCCUGAUGCUUGGCUGCUCUCCAGGAAUGUGUAUGAACACACAUAUUCUCUUUUACAAGUAGGUGAAGGAAUCAGACGUGAAUUUAAUACGACUCAGAGGUGCAUUAGGUAAAAGUUUGUAGGGGUAAAAGGUUUCUAACAGUUCAAUGGGUUGAAUAAGAUUUGAAUUAUUUUUUUUUUAAACUCACUGAGCCCACCCCUAUUUCCACCCCUGAGCUUAGCUCUCAAAACUUACAUCGGUUCAACUGGACUUAGCAUGUUAACUAGAGAUACCAUUCAAGCUCACUCAGACAUUCUGCUGCCCGAAAGCUGAAAGUUACAACUCAUAACAUAUAAACAGAUAAAACAUGCAAAAUUCUCAUACUGAUUCAAGAGAAUGUGAAAGGGCAUUGGGGGUGUGUCUAUAUAAUGAUUGACAAGAGGACAAAUCCAAGUACAAACAGCCAUCCUGGACCAGAAGGCAGGUUUCCAAACUUUUUUUUUUUUUAAUCAGCUACAUUUGUUCUGUGAAAAUGGCUUCAGCUAUUAUUUUUGUAAUCAUUUCUACAUAAUUCUGCCUAUUAUUUGUAGUAGGAAGACAUGAAGAAUAUUGGCUAUUGCAGCUUUAAAGCGCACCUAUUAUGGUUUUGAAACGUGCCUAAUUUUGUUUUGAAGGUCUGAUACAAUAGAUUUACAUGCAUCCAAGAUAAAAAAUAAAAAAAAACACUUUAAUGUGCUCAUAAUUUAAACUGCAGCAUCACCUUUUUUCCCCCAGUGUCACAAACAACUCGUUAAAUGAUUCAUUCUAAACUCCCCCUAUCAGAGAGCAUACUCUGCUCUGAUUGGUCAGAUGUCCCAGUCUGUUGUGAUUGGUCUACCGCUGUUUGCAAGCAGCCAAUGAAGAUCAGAGGCGGGGCUUUUUGUUACAAACCUACCUAGGUUAGUACAGGAAGUAAAGUCUGGAAUUACUAACGACUCAUCUCAGCUGUUCAGAAUCGAUUCCUUCUUUUGGGAGUCAAUAACUCUGUCGUGCGCUUUGAUUUUUUAAACUUCAGACUUUUUAAAUUCAAAAACAGCUUUAUAACACACUACAUGAAAGGUAAUAUUUGAUAAACCAUAAUAGGUGCACUUUAAAUUGUGAUGUGUGGUGUUCAGUCAAAAAUUGACAACAAGAUGCCUUUAUAGUUUAAUAGAGAUCAUUUUUAGAAAUAGUAUAAAGGUUGCUGUAAAGUUGUUGUUUUUUUUGUAACCAGCCAUGUUUUGGUCAUAACAUUUUAACAUGGUAACCACUUUUAGUUCUUGGAUUAGAUUACAUUAAAUUAGAUUAAGCCUAUCCCUGGAUUGAAUUAUUUUAUAAAUCUGGAUACUUGAGAUUGAAUUUAACACUCAGCAUUUGUUGGGGUUUUUGUUUGUUUGUCUGUUUGUAUGUUUUUGACAUUUUUUUUGUCAUUUUUGUUACCGAAGAUUUCUUAAUCAUCCUGUUGUUUUCUCUGUUUACAUAACUGAAUUCUGCUCAUAUUAUUUCUACAGGUUAUACAUUUCCACAAAGCUUUGUUUUUGUUUUUUUGUUGUUGUUGAUCACUGUUUUUUUUUGUUGUUGUUUUUUUUUGUUGUUUUUUUUUAACUGCUGGUCUUUCCAGGCUAUAAUAAUGUGUUUUGAGUUUUAAGCUGACAUGGGAAGAGUCAGUCAGCAUUUCCCGUGUGUGCUACGAAGCAUGAAAAUUGUGUGUGAAAGACUUAAAAACAAAAAGUAGCCUGUGUUGUAAAAGGUCAUGCACAAAAUGGCUGCUUGAAAUGAAGCCUAUAUUACAAUUUCAGAAGAUAAUACUAUAAUCUCCUCAGCAGAGCAUUAGUUUUGAAGCUAAACAGCUCCGGAAACACGUAGAUUUCUGUUUCUGCACUAUGAUUUUGUCAUGCCUUUUUUUAAAAAAAAAGUAAUAUGUUACUUUUACAUUUCUGAUGAGUGCCUGGAUUUUCCAAUAAUGUCAACAGGGUUAUCUUGUGUCUUGUGUUAAGCUUGUAGUUUGCCUCGUGUUAUUUAAUGAUUAACCUACUGAGUCUAUUGAGGCUCACUUUCUGUGCUGUAGGAUACUAAAACAUUUCCUCUGUUGUAUACGUGUGAAAUGUGUCUGAUGUUACCAGUUGCAGCCCUAAUGAACAAAUAUCAUUAAAAUCUUAUUUAAGUCUG